AUGGAUAAGGGGGGGGGGGGGGGUGGGGGGGGUAGAGGGAGGGGGUGUAGAGGUGGGGGGGGGGGGGGGUGGGGGGGGGGGGUGGGGGAGGGGGGGGUGGGUGGGGGGGGGGGGUUGGUUGGGGGGUGGGGGGGGGGGGGGGGGGGGGGGGGGGAUGUGGGGGGGUGGAGUGGGGGGGGGGUGGGGGUGAUUGUGGGGGGGGGGGUGGUGGUGGGGGGGUGUGGGGGGGGUUGGGGGGGUGGGGUGGGGGGGGUUUGGGUGGGUGGGUUUGGGGUUGAUGUUGGGUGGGGUGGUGGUGUGGUUGAGUGGGUGGGGGUGGAGUAUAGGGGUGUGUUGGGUGGUUGGGGGGGGUGUUUGGGUGGUGUGUGGGGGGUUUUGUAUGAGGGGGAUUGGAGGGGGGGGGGGGGGGGGGGGGGGGGGGGGGGGGGGGGGGGGGGGGGGGGGGGGGUGGGGGGGGGGGGUGGGGGGGGUGGGGGGGGGGGGUGGGGGGGGGGGGGGGGGGGGGGGGGGGGGGGGGGGGGGGGGGGGGGGGGGGGGGGGGGGGGGGGGGGGGGGGGGGGGGGGGGGGGGGGGGGGGGGGGGGGGGGGGGGGGGGGGGGGGGGGGGGGGGGGGGGGGGGGGGGGGGGGGGGGGGGGGGGGGGGGGGGGGGGGGGGGGGGGGGGGGGGGGGGGGGGGGGGGGGGGGGGGGGGGGGGGGGGGGGGGGGGGGGGGGGGGGGGGGGGGGGGGGGGGGGGGGGGGGGGGGGGGGGGGGGGGGGGGGGGGGGGGGGGGGGGGGGGGGGGGGGGGGGGGGGGGGGGGGGGGGGGGGGGGGGGGGGGGGGGGGGGGGGGGGGGGGGGGGGGGGGGGGGGGGGUGGGGGGGGGGGGUUGUGGGGGUGUGGGGGGGGGGGUGGGGGGGGGGGGGGGGGGGGGGGGUAG